AUGUACCUCCCUUGCAGGGAGGGUGUAGAGAACUUAUUGGCCAACUCUGUACUUGACCAGGACCAGGCAAUUCAAAAUGCAGAGAAGUCAUCCAAGAGUGCUGAGAGUAAGGAGACUUUUCAUACUGGCCAUAGGGAUUACAGGUGCAGUGAAUGUGGAGAGGCUUUUAGCCACAAAGACAGACUUGAGCAACACCAGAAAAUUCACAGGGAAGAGAAACCCUAUGAGUACAACAGCGAAUGUGGGGCAGCCUCUCACCACAGCUCCUCUAUAUUACUACACAGCAAAGAAUCACAUUCUGUGUUGGGUAAUGGUGGAAAAUUAGUUGAUCCUCACUUUAUGGGGGUUGAAAGCUCUCAUGCAGUAUUAAGGCCUUAUGAUUGUGCUGAAUGUGGGAAAUCUUUUAUCAGAAAAUCCCACCAUAUUCAACAUGAUAGAACACACACUGGAGCUAAACCUUUUGAGUGCAGUGAAUGUGGGAGAUCCUUCUGUUGCAAAGACUCACUUAUUCGGCACCAGAAAAUUCACAGUGCAGAAAAGCCUCAUAUAUGCAGCAGUUGUGGAAAAGCUUUUGUCCGUAAAGAUGCACUUGUUGAGCACGACAGAAGCCACACUGCGGAAAAGUCUUGUGUGUGUGAUGACUGUGGGAAGAUGUUUAGCCACAAUUCCUAUGUUAAAAUACACAAGAGAAUUCACAGUGGAAUAAGUAAGGCCUUGGGCUUGCGAUGUAUGUGGGAAAACUUACAUUCCUCAUCCCCACCUUAUUCAGCACAAGAAAAUUCACACCACAACAGAGUCUAUGGGUGA